CGUAUCCUGAAAAUGAAUGGGAGAAUAGAACCAUAUACACGGUGAUCCCGAUAUUCGAAAAUGUCGACGACAAGAAUCCGGCUCGGGGUGUGUGUCUACCUAUUAUUGUGACUUUCUGCCAGCAGCACAAGGUUCCAUACAACUAUACUGUAUUUCCAAAUUACAUGGGCAAUUUUGGACAACGAGAGGCCCAGCAUGAGUUAGAACUUUACGAUGCUGUCGUUGACGUCAGAUGUUACGAACUGGCUGCUCUAUUUCUGUGCAGCGUUUUCGUGCCAAAAUGUGGUCCUCGGGGUCAUGUCGUACGUCCCUGUCGCAGUCUCUGCUUUCAAACCAAAAGGCGUUGCGGUUUCUUUCUCAAAGUUUUCGGUUUAUCCCUCCCGGAUUAUUUGGAAUGCGAUCUUUUUCCGGAGAAUCCGAGUUCCGACGAAUGCAUCGGGCAUCAUGAGGUGAUCGAAGCGGCAAGAAGAGCUGAGAAACCGGUGUGCACCAGCGGCUUUCAAUGCGAUAGUACAAGGUGCAUUCCGUUUGAUUGGCGAUGCGACGGUCAUCUCGAUUGCUCCGAUCACAGCGAUGAGAUCGGAUGUGGGAAAUGCAAUUCCAGUACGACCUCUUCGAUCUCGACAUCGGUGUCUUCCACAUUCGGCAAUAUAAUGAAGGGACCGUCGACUAAAAGUACUUUCUCUACAAAAGCUUCAUUACACUGCGGCGAAAGGAGAUGCAUGUCGGCCAGUCACAUCUGUGACGGAAUCAUGGAUUGUCCUUGGGGGCAGGACGAGCGAUAUUGUCUGAAAUUGAGCCAAAGAAAUGGGGAUGUCGGCGAGGGUCGUCUAGAAGUGUACCAUGCUGAAAUGGGUAAAUUUAUGCCGGCAUGUGUUUCGCAUUGGGAUUCAACAUUAUCUCAAGAGGUUUGCACUAUGCUGGGAUAUAAAAUUGUAGAUGGAUCUAAGUUAAUAAUCAGUGAUUCGAUGCAGAUGUCAAAAAAUUUCACCUACCAUAAUAAAAGUACUAAUUUGCUGAAGCACUUUCAAAAAUGCAUCAAAGAUCGGGAGCCUUAUCCAAUGGUCAAGCUUACUUGUUCCAUAUAUGCUUGCGGCCGCAGACGUUCCACAUACGGAAACUUGAGAGUGAAGCGAAUAGUGGGUGGUGUGGAAUCAGCCCCUGGUGAUUGGCCGUUUCUUGCAGCCCUUCUUGGUGGUCCAGAACAGAUCUUCUAUUGUGCUGGAGUUCUUAUUGCCGAUCAAUGGGUACUAACUGCAUCUCAUUGUGUUGGGAAUCAUUCAGAGAUAUCGGGUUGGACAAUACAACUCGGCAUUACUAGGAGACUCUCUCAUACUUAUCUUGGUCAAAAAUUGAAAGUGAAAAGGGUUAUUCCUCAUCCGAAUUAUAAUUUGGGUGUUGCUCACGACAACGAUGUCGCAUUGUUUCAAGUAAAUACAUUCUCACAUUAAUUAGUUAUGUAUAAAAUAUAUUUUUUAUUUAAUAAUAAAUUUCAAGAGAUGCAAGUA